AUGGAUCCUGAAAUGGACGUGGAUGCUCCGGAGCCUCGUGGUACCAAACGGGCAGCUGAAGAAGUUGAAGCGUCGAAAAAACCUAAAAGAAUCAGAGCACUUGAUCCAGAUGUUGUGAAUAAGAUCGCCGCCGGAGAGAUCAUAGUAGCCCCUAUGCACGCUCUGAAAGAAUUAAUCGAGAAUGCAGUUGAUGCUGGCUCCACAUCCCUUGAAAUUCUAGUAAAGGAUGGUGGACUGAAGCUGCUGCAGAUCACAGACAAUGGCCACGGCAUAGACCGGGAUGAUCUGCCCAUUCUUUGUGAAAGGUUCACCACCUCGAAGUUAAAGCAGUUCGAGGAUUUAACAUCCAUUGGUACGUAUGGUUUUCGAGGCGAGGCAUUAGCCAGUAUCAGCCAUAUAGCUCAUCUCACCGUAACCACCAAAACCGCUGGCUCAAGUUGUGCCUGGAGAGCACAUUACAGUGAUGGAAAGCUUGUUCCUCCAAAACCUGGGCAGCCUGCUACCCCCAAGGCCACUGCUGGACGAGGUGGCACUCAAAUAACUGUCGAGGACCUUUUUUACAAUGUUCCAACGAGGCGGCGAGCAUUCCGUUCAGCGAGUGAAGAGUAUGCCAAGAUACUGGAUGUUGUUGGCCGUUACGCCGUACAUUGCUCUGGUGUGGCCUUCUCCUGUCGCAAACACGGCGACUCUGGCGUAAGCAUUUCAACGCCGGUAGCUGCCAACACCAUCGACAGAAUACGUCAAAUCCAUGGAAGCGCAGUGGCCAACGAACUUGUUGAAUUCAAGGCAGAGGACCAAAAACUAGGAUUUCGCUCUUCUGGCUAUGUCACAAACGCGAAUUACCAUGUCAAACGCACCGUUAUCCUUCUAUUCAUCAACCACCGCUCUGUGGAGUCCACGGCAGUAAAACGAGCAAUCGAGCAAACCUACUCUAGUUUCUUGCCCAAAGGCGGACACCCAUUUGCCUAUAUCGACCUGGAAAUUGAACCGCACCGCGUGGACGUGAAUGUCCAUCCAACAAAGCGCGAAGUCAAUUUCUUAAAUGAAGAUGAGAUCAUCGAGUGUAUAUGCCAGGAAAUCAAGUCAAAACUUACCCAGGUUGACUCAAGCCGAACGUUCUUGACGCAGACUCUUCUUCCUGGUGUUAGAACGAUGGAACCGGCGCCUCACGACUCCGAGUCAACAGACGCUGAAGACCGUACUCCUAAAACGCCAGCAACAACGAAGAAGCCAUACGAACAUAAUCUGGUCCGCACAGACUCCAAAGUGCGCAAGAUCACCUCCAUGCUGCCGCCCGCAGUUCUCAAUACUACAGAAGCGGAACCAGCCUCUAGCGUUCUAGACCAAGGACUGCAAUACGAAACUACUGAUCGUGAGCCACUUCGCAUCGCCCUCACGUCCGUGAAGAACCUACGUGCAAGCGUCCGCAACGCAAUGCACAACACCCUGACGGAAACAAUCGCUUCCCACACGUACGUAGGCAUCGUCGAUGAGCGACGACGCAUAACAGCUAUCCAGUCAGGAGUGAAACUCUACCUCGUCGACUACGGGAUGUUCUGCAACGAAUUCUUCUACCAGAUUGGACUGACAGACUUCGGCAACUUCGGCGUCAUAAGACUAGACCCAGCACCUAAGCUCAUCGAUCUCCUCCAGAUUGCAGCUGAUGCCGAACGAGAAGCCUCCAGCAGCCGAAAAGCAAAUUCAAGCGAAGAAAACGAGAAAAAUGACAUCUUCGACAACGCACCAGACCUAGUCGCCAGAUCGCUCAUAGACAGGCGCGAGAUGCUCAAUGAGUAUUUCUCGCUCGAAAUCUCUGCAGCAGGUGAACUCCUCUCCCUCCCGCUCUUACUCAAAGGCUAUCUCCCGUGUCUGGGAAAACUACCCCGGUUCCUCCUUCGGCUUGGUCCCUAUGUCGACUGGACAAGUGAGGAAGACUGCUUCCGCACAUUCCUGCGGGAGCUUGCGGCGUUCUAUACGCCAGAGCAAUUGCCGCCCCCUCCGUCACCAGCAAAAAAUGACGAAAAUAAGGAAUCCCCGGAUGUGGAUACGGAAGAUGAACUCAUUAGGAAUCGUCGGUUACAGAUAGCUCGGAUGCUGGAAUAUGUGGUCUUCCCGGCGCUUCGGUCUCGCCUAGUUGCCACGAACCGACUCCUUCGUGGAGUUGUUGAGGUAGCUGAUUUGAAGGGUCUAUAUCGCGUCUUUGAACGGUGUUGA